GGGCCUAUGACAGUCAUUAGAAAUAGAUUCACUGACAUGCAGACAGACUGCUUGCAGUGGCAAAAACCAAUUUACUAACUUCACAGGCUUUCAAGUUUCACCGCUUACUUCAUCACAAUCCGAUCCCUGAAUAUUGUCACUCUUCUUCUUGAAUCCUUACCUAGCAAAGCAGGAAAAAAGAAAUGAUUUUGGAGACUUUGUUGGGGGCAUUCCUUCAAGUGCUGUUUGACAGGCUAGCUACUCGCCAAGUCUUGGACUUCUUCCGAGACCGUGAUUUCGACCGGACACUGUUUGACAAGCUGAAAACGGUUCUGCUUACUGUUAGUGCUGUGCUGACUGAUGCAGAGGAGAAGCAGAUCACUAAUCUGGCGGUGAAAGGGUGGCUCAAUGAGCUCAGAGAUGCUGUCUACCAUGCUGAUGAUCUGUUGGACGAGAUCAACACUAUCACUCUGCAAGCCGAGUCGGAAGAAGCCAAGAUCCACAGGAAACAGGUACCAGGUCAAUUCUCUAUUCAAAAUCCAGAUUAUGAACAUGGUAAAAAUAUAGAAUCCAAGCUUAAAAUGAUAGUUGAAAGACUAGAAUCUUUAGCUAAGGAAAAAGAUCUCCUCAAUCUCAAAGAAACUGUUGGACGGAAACCUCUGCUCACGUUUCCGACAACUUCUUUGGUUGAUGAAUCUGAGGUGUUUGGUAGGGAUAAAGAUAAAGAUCGGCUAAUAAAAUUUGUGCUUGCUGUUAAUGCACAACAAAACAGAAUCUCUGUGAUUGCAAUAGUUGGAAUUGGUGGUGUUGGCAAGACGACUCUUGCUCAACUUUUGUAUAAUGAUUCCAGGGUGAAGACGCAUUUUAGAUUGAGAGCUUGGGUUCAUGUUUCAGAAGCAUUUGAUGUUUUUAAGGUAUCGAGAAUCAUUUUCGAGUCAGUCACUUCGAGGAAUUGUAAUGUCACCGACUUGAAUGUUCUUCAAGUUAGACUGAAGGAGAUACUGAUGAGAAAGAGAUUUUUGCUGGUUUUAGAUGAUAUUUGGAAUGAGAAUUUUAUUGAUUGGGAUUUGCUAUUGGGCCCUUUAAAAGUUGGAGCCAGUGGGAGUAAAAUUCUUGUGACAACUCGCAAUCGAAAUGUUGCAUCACUAAUGCGCCCUCUUAUUACUUAUCCUUUACUUCAUUUAUCAGAUGAAGACUGCUGGUCAUUAUUUGCAAAACAUGCAUUUAGGACUAGCAAGCCUGAAGAAUAUCCAUUCUUAAAUAAGAUUGGUAGGGAAAUUGUUAAGAAGUGUAGAGGUCUACCUUUAGCAGCAAAAACACUUGGGGGCGUUUUGCAUCCAGAAGUAGAAGUUGAGGAAUGGCACAAAAUACUGAAUAGCAAGAUAUGGGAUCUGCCUAACGAUAAGAGCAGCAUACUUCCCACUUUAUUAUUGAGCUAUUAUCAUCUCCCUCCACAUCUCAAACGAUGCUUUGCUUAUUGUUCGAUAAUUCCCAAUGGUCGUGAGUUUGAGAAAGAGAAAUUGAUUCUCAUGUGGAUGGCAGAAGGUUUCUUGCAGCAGACAAAAGGCAAAGACACAAUGGAAGAUGUUGGGGAAGAGUAUUUUAGUGAUCUAGUAUCAAGGUCGUUUUUUCAACCAAGGAAUGGGAAACAAUGUUUUGUGAUGCAUGACCUUAUCAUUGAUUUAGCUCAAUUUGUGUCGGGAGAAUUUUGUUGCAAAUUCGAGGAUAACAAGCCAUGUGAAGUUUCAGAAAAGGCUCGACAUUUGUCAUGCUCUAUGGACCAACUUAAUGGCCCUGAGAAAUUUGUGGACCUUCAGGAACUAAGGUCUCUACGAUCCUUUCUUCCGUUAAGGUCUUCAAAUACCAGUCGAUGCACUGCCUUAAGUAACAUAGUUAGUGAUGUAUGGUUGCAAAUUCCAAAACAAUUGCGUGUAGUUUCUUUUUCUGGUCAUUCCAUCACUGAGCUGCCAGAGAUUUUGGGACAACUGAUACAUCUACGCUACUUGGACCUUUCUCACACUUUGAUAAGAGAGUUACCCAGAUCAACAUGCUCUUUGUAUAAUUUGCAAACAUUGUUGUUGUCAAGUUGUCAUAAUCUCACUGUACUACCAGAAAACAUUGGAGAUCUAGUUAAUUUACGUCACCUAGAUGUUACUGAAACCAGUUUAAGAGAGAUGCCACUUGAAUUUGGAAGGUUAAAGAGUUUGCAAGUGUUGACUGAUUUUGUUGUGAGCAGAGAUUGUGGAUCAAAGAUCAGUGAAUUGGACAGCCUUUUACAUCUUUGUAAACUUUCCAUCUUAAGGUUACAAAAUGUAGUUGAUGCUCCAAUUGCUUCAGCAGCCAACUUGGGAAGUAAGAAUUAUAUUAAAGAGUUAGUUUUGAAAUGGACCUCUAGCACUCAUGAUGAAGAAAAUGAAUUAGCUGUACUUGAUUGUUUGCAGCCUCAUAAAAGUUUAAGGAAGCUUACACUUGAGAACUAUGGCGGUAUAGAGUUUCCCAAUUGGGUAGGUGAUGCAAUUUUCACUAACAUGGUGUCCCUAAGUCUUAGCAAGUGCAAAAAUUGCACGUCCUUGCCUCCACUGGGGAAGUUAUCUUCUCUUCAAAAGCUCUACAUCAAAAAGAUGGAAGGAUUAGAAAGGCUGGAUUCUGGAUUUUAUGGGAGUGGCCACUUUGGAGUCAAGCCAUUUAGAUCUCUAAAAACAUUGUCAUUUGAGGAGUUACCACGUUGGACGCACUGGAUGCCUUUUGCAAAUGAAGCUGACAACUUCCCUUCCCUCCAAGAGCUUCAAAUACGAUUAUGCCCUGAAUUGAUUGGGAGCUUACCAAAGAACCUCCAUACCUUAACAAAAUUGGUGGUUUCUGGAUGUUGGAAGCUUCAGGCUUCUGCUCAGAGGGUCCCAACUUUGGAAGUAAUGAAGCUGCAUGGUUUGGAUGCUUUGAAGACUCUACCCGAGGAAUUGUUGGAGGGAAACUUUUGUUUUCAACUACUGGAAUUGGUAAACUGUCCGUCUCUCAUCUCCUUUCCUGGAGGCGCUUCUCUUUCUACUGUAAAAUCAAUUUCUAUUUCUCAUUGUAGAAAUUUACAAUUCUUCCUACCUGAGAAUACGAUGCAUAGAUUUGAAGUUCUUGAGCGUUUGCGAAUAGCAAACAGUUGUGAUUCUCUCGAAUCCAUUUCACUAGGCUUAUUCACAAAGCUCCAAUAUCUUCAUAUUGAGGACUGUAAGAAUCUCAAGUCCCUUUUCAUUCCAGAGCAGCUUCGUUUGGAUCUCACAUUUCUUCGAGAAAUGAAAAUCAAGGAUUGUCCAAAUCUGGAAUCAUUUCUUGAAGGGGGAUUGCCCACUCCUAACCUUCAAUCUCUGAUUAUAAUGAAUUGCAACAAUCUCAAGCCUAAGAAGGAAUGGGGUCUACAUGGAAUAGUGUCUCUCACUUGUCUUGAGAUUGAAGGUGGAUGUCGUAACAUGGAGUUGUUUCCAGAAGAGGGCCUACUGCCCAAUAGUCUCACUUCUCUUCGUAUCAGCAGACUUCCAGAUCUUGAAACCUUGGGUAAAGGCCUUCAAGACCUCACCUCGCUUGAAAUAUUGGAGAUCAAUUGCUGUGAGAAGCUGGAGUCAAUGCCAGUAGAGGGAUUGCCCACCUCACUUUUUUCUCUUCAUAUUCAAAACUGCUCUCUGCUAGCUCCACAUUGCCUGAAGGAUGGAGGGGUAUAUUGGCCCAUGAUCUCUCAUAUUGCCGACUUACUUAUUCCUCACAAUGACCAACUUGCACAAACAUGAUGACACUCAUGACACCAAAUGUUUGGGAAAAUAAUGACAAUUGGGUUAGCAUGCUUAAAGAUUUGUUCAUUUUUUACUCGACCUUUCAAUUGAAGCAUGUUCUCAAGGAAAAUCUUCAUUACCGUGUCACAAGAUGCAAGGUUGCUCCUGCCUGUUUUCUGUCCAGAUUUUUUACAGAAGCAUGUGUUUACCUGCAUUUUCCCUUCACUGCUUGCUUCUUAGAAGACAUGAUAGUUUAAUGGAGACAUAAAGUGAUUUGCAGUUCAACCAUUUCAAACGUCUUGAGUGUGAUUUGCAGCUCAACCAUUUCAAACGGCAAAGAGGCAGUUGGUGUUAGAUUGAAUAGGCAGUAGGACUUAAGCUAUUGAAUAUAUUCAAAUUAUUCUGUACAAUUGCAAGUUAUUUAAAAAUUGCACAAUAAGCAUUGUAUUUAAUUAGUGAAUUCUAUUUUUACUUUAGUGAAUUCUCUUUCGCAAUAUGCCAUGUGAUAUUUGUAAUGCAAGUUCACAAUUAAUAAAACACCGUUUACUUCAUUUUAUUAUCAAAAAUAA